AUGGAGUUCAACGAGAUCCUGAUGAUGGCGUCGGAGCAGCAGGGGGUCAGCUCCGUGCCGAGAAGAUACAGUUUGGCAGUAGGCCCCCCAAAAAAGGAUCCAAAAGUAAAAGGUGUCCACUCAGCAGCAGUGCAAGCAUUCCUCAAGCGACAAGAGGCGGACCGUAGGAAAAAAGAGCUAGAGGAAAAGAAAAGAAAAGAAGAACUUUUAGCUAAGCGUGUGGAGCUGAAACAUGACCGAAAAGCAAGAGCUAUGGCUUCACGAACAAAGGACAACUUUUGUGGCUAUAAUGGCAUUCCUGUUGAAGAGAAACCUAAAAGAAAGCAGUCUUGUGAAAGCAGAUCUGAUAGAAAUACAGAAGAAGUGGAGUGUAUGACAGGUGAUGAAAUGGAGCAAUUUGAAUAUAGUCAGACAGAAUCUGAGCAUGAAUCUGAAGAUUAUGAUGAAAAGCCAUCCAAGACAUCAGUGAAACCAAAGGCACCUCCCAAGAGUGCACCCCCACAACUGAAUUUUAUGGAUCUUCUAAAGCUGGCUGAAAAAAAACAGUAUGAACCAGUGGAAAUAAAAGUAGUAAAAAAGACAGAGGAAAGACCUAUGACAGCAGAAGAACUAAGAGAGCGAGAAUACUUAGAGCGGAAAAACCGAAAAGGGGUUGUGCUAAAGGAGAAGAAAGGAGAAAAAGAGAUGAAACAUGUGGCAUCUAGUUGUUCCAAAAAAGACCUUUCACAGAAGGAGUUCUUAAAUGCUAAAUACAGCAAGCAUUCCACAGAUAAACAUUCCUUCUCGAAAGGAAGCCUUCCCUCCCAAAGUGGUAGAGAAAAGAAAUCCAGCCUUCCCUCCCAAAGUGGUAGCGAUAAGAAAUCCAGCCUUCCCUCCCAAAGUGGUAGUGAUAAGAAAUCCAAAGCACCAGCAUUGUCCUCCAAACCUAAACUUACUGAGAAAGCAAAACCUGCAAUAAAGGGACCUUUAAAAAGUUCAUCUAGCACUAGUCAUAGUAAAGCUCCAGUCUGUGGAGGAGGAAAACACCGAUUGAAUUCUCAUACCCCAGUCUUGAAAACUGCUGCUAAUGGGGCUCAGAAACAAUCAUCUGUUAAAGAUCCCAGUCUUAAGAAAACUAUUAGCCAUGUGAAACCAACUAGUGUGACUGCUGCCCAACAUGAAAGUAUUAAACAUUCCAACUCCAAGCAGGCAAGCAGCAGUUCAGGCACAGGAGGAUCUCUUCCACGAACAAAGAGCUGCUUGAGUACAGGACCAGGGAGGCCAGGCAGUAGCUUGAAUACUGGACAUGGGCUGCAGAGUACUAGUUCAAAAAUGGGACCUGGACGGUCAGGAAGCAGCUCAGGAUCUGGCCAACGAAGCAGCAGCUCAAGUGUUGGGCCUGGGCGGCCAGGCAGCAGCAGCUCAAGUGUGGGGCCUGGGCGGCCAGGCAGCAGCUUAGGUAUGGUACCUGGCAGACCAGGAAGCAGUUCAGGACCAGUGCGUCCUGGUAGUGGCCAAAGCACAGGACCUGGGCGGCCAAGUAGCACGCUGAACAAUGGACUGGGAAGAGGAAGCAGCUCAGGGCCUGGCCCAGGCCGGCCAAGCAGCACUUCAGUUGGAAAUGUAAAACCAAAGUGCACUGUCGUAUCAGAAACAAUCUCAUCUAAGAAUCUGGUCCCCAGACUGUCUAGUGGCCAGGUGAAUGGAAUGAGACCACAGCAAAGACCUAGGAUUCCCCCACAAGGUUUUCCAAGGCCUCUUCUUCCACCUAUUACUUCUAAAAGGCCAUAUGAGGAUGAGGAUGAAGAUGAUUCUGAAAUGGAGGACUUCAUUGAUGAUGAAGGGGAGCCCCAAGAAGAAAUCUCUCGACAUAUUCGAGAAAUAUUUGGCUAUGAUCGCUCUAGGUAUAAAGAUGAAAGCGACUAUGCCUUGCGUUACAUGGAAAGCAGCUGGAAAGAGCAGCAGAAGGAGGAAGCCAAGAGCUUGAGACUUGGAAUGCAAGAAGAUCUAGAAGAACAGAGACGUGAAGAGGAGGAAUUAAAACGCAAGAAGCAGGCCAAAAAGCUGAGAACUCGUUAACCAGUUUGCCAUAACUUGGGUUUUCUGUUGCUCUUCCGUUUCUUUUCCUCUGUUCUUCUGCUUGACCCAGAUUUCAGCUUUAGUUUUACGUUUGAUACAAAAGGGUAAUAAACUAGGGAGGAAAUGCAGAAAUGU